GAGGAAGCAAAAGCGAAUGCGGACAGUACUCGUUUAGUUCCUCAGUACGACAUUGAUGCUCCAAUCCAAACGACAUAUAUCCCUUGCACAAUAUGGUUCCUAAGCCUGAAUGGAAGGCACUGUCCAUUUCUACUUACAUGAGUGCAGGCGGUAGUGCCGAGCGGGUCGCUCUUUCCCCUUCAAGCGUUCCAACUGGAUCAAUGAUCACUUGACGCUUGCAUUUGCCUCUCCCUCACCAAACAAGACCACUAUGUAUAAAAAUGCUCAUAUCUCGACAAUGAUUGCCUUCCACAAGGCCACCUUUAAAAAUGUCAACAAGGACGUCAUUCAACAGAAACUGCCGAUGGUUCCUAUCGUUGUCAUUGAUGGACUUCUAUCACGGUUUACAGAGACUGCACGCGGGUCCGUAGAGGCAAGAAAGACAUCUGAAAAAGGGACUAUGCUUCUGACACACAUGUUUGCAUUAUGCCUUCACGUCGACGAUUUUGCAACCGACACAAGCGUUCUCGCCGCUGAUUUGAGCAUGGAACCGGCGAAAGUCAAUAUGUUGUUCAGGUCCCUGGGUUGCAAAAUCAACAAGCUAACACCGUCCGACUUGAGGCGUCUGGUCUGCCCGAUUCUGCGGGAGAGGUCAAAAGGGCUAUUCUAAAGACACCUCUAGAGUUCCCGAAACCCCGGAUGAGACGGCGGACGUAAGAUUGGAGUGGCUGAUCUUUACUUUCUUCCACGGAAUCAAGGAAAAAAUUACUAGGUCCUGGGAGGUGUUGGAGCAAUAGUGUCUGAGUAACGAAGACUAGUGCCUAGUUAAGUCUAUCUCACGUCGUCCAGUCAUUUAGCAUGUUUCAUUGUUUGCUCCUGUUCCUCGUUCUGUGCAUCAGUGAAGCAUCAGCAACUUGCAGAGAAAGACAACGCGUCGUAUCUGCUAAGUGAGCGAGAGUGGAUUUAAGUCUAGUGACUCUUGAAAGCUAAUAG